CUGUUUGCUGUAAAUAAUUAGAAUUUUUGUUUUGAAAUACAGUGCUUCCUAUAAUUGUUAAAAAUAUAUUUUUUAAUUCCAAAUAAAAUAUUUUACUAUCAACCGUACUAAAUGGAUUUAUAAUACACUUUUGCUUCGAAACUGAGCAACCAGCGGUUUAUACAAAUUUGGUUUCAACUUUAGAGAUUCUCUGUUAUCGUAAAUGAAAGUAACUAAUAAAGCGCUCCACCUGCUUUAGAGAUGAUUUCGGGUUCUAUUUAUGCUUUAUUGGCGGGUUGUUUGGCUGCUGCCGCUUCCUUAUCGGCUAAGCUAACUCUUGGGGCAGACUACCUGAAGGAAAUGUGUGAAGCUAGCACAUCUGGAGCGCAACACGACGAAACUGUCUGCCUCUGGCUGCACAUCCCACUGCGGCUGCUGUGCGUCGCCCUGAUGUUCCUCUGCAAUGCUGUUAUGUGGACCUUCUUCUCCAAAGCUCUUCGCUACAGCUCUUCUUCUGCCAGGGCCACUGCCACCACUACUGCGGGCAACUUUAUUUCCUCGGCCAUACUGGGGAAGCUUAUUUUUGGAGAGAGUCAAUCAGUUCUGUGGUGGGUAGGCAUCUCUCUGACGCUGUGUGGGCUGCUGAUGCUUCAUGGAUCCACGCCUCAAGCACGACCACACGACGCCAAAACGGAAUAGUUAUGUUUACAUAAAAACAUCUUCAUGUGUGUGUGUGUGUGUUUCUACCCCUUUCAAGAUUGUUGAAAAGGACAAUUAAAGUGUAGUAGGUGUUUACAUAUAAAAUAUAUUGUUUAUUAAGGCUGAACAAUAUUAAAUAAACGUGCAAUAUGGGUAGCGAUGUUGCUAUUACUCUAAUACAAAACAUACUCAAAGAAACAUUUUGGACAUGCAAU